GGUGUUUGCAGCGAGGAACAAGACGAAAACCUAGGGCUACGAAGUUCUCCACUAAGUAUCUUCAAUGGCGACUAUUGUGGUAACAUCGGAGGAAGAUCCGGCGCUUUCUAUUGUUCGUUUCACGUCGGAACUUGCUUGGGCUGAUGCCGGACCGGAGGUUGCAGAGCCACAAGUUGCUAGAUUAUGCAUGGAGGCUCAAGAAUGCAUAGUAAUGGGUAGAUGGUUGGACUUGGCUUCUCUUAUGCUUACUUCAGCAGACUUGAUAUUUUCAAAGGUGUCUGAAAAAGAUCUUGAGUGCAUAUUCACCAUUAUCUGUAGCCUUGUCACAAAACCUGAAAGUCUGGAUGAAGCGUUGGAGAUGGCAAAGCUUAUAUCCGCAAAAGUUACCCAACAGGCAAACGACAAGCCUGCAUUACGCUUGAAGAUCUUAUUCAAUCUGUACAAUCUGUUGGAGAAUCCAUAUAGCAAGUUCUAUGUUUACAUGAAGGCCCUUAAUUUGGCUGUCAAUGGCAAAGCCACUGAACACAUUAUACCUUCAUUCAAAAAGAUGGAUAGCUUCGUGAAAGAAUGGAAUAUUGGGACCUUUGAUCAGAGAGAGCUCUUUCUUACCAUCUCUAAUAUAUUAAAAGAACACAAAAACUCUGCAAAGGAUUCAUUUUCCUUCCUGACCAAGUACUUGACGACUUUUUCGGGUGAGGAUGCAUAUACAAUGAGUGAAGCUAAGGAGGAAGCAGUGCGUGCUAUUGUAGAGUUUGUGAAGGCACCGGAUAUGUUUCAGAGUGAUUUGUUAGACAUGCCUGCUGUGGGGCAGCUGGAGAAGGAUGGCAAAUAUUCAUUGGUAUAUCAGCUGCUGAAGAUUUUUCUCACACACAGGCUGGAUGCCUACUUAGAUUUCCAUGCAGCAAAUUCCACUUUACUGAAAAGCUAUGGUCUAGUCCAUGAAGACUGUAUAGCAAAGAUGAGGUUGAUGACGCUGGCUGAUCUUGGCUCUAACCAUGGAGAGAUUCCAUAUGAUCUCAUCAAAGACACACUUCGGGUCAAUGAUGAUGAGGUGGAAUUGUGGGUUGUGAAGGCAAUAACUGUAAAACUGCUUGACUGUAAGAUGGACCAGAUGAACCAAGUAGUAAUUGUAAAUCGCUGUACGGAGCGUGUGUUUGGGCUGCAUCAAUGGUUAGCACUUCGAUCCAAACUCACAUCAUGGAGGGGUAAUAUUGCAAAUGUUAUAAACACCGUCCAAGCUAACAAGGGAACUGAAGAUGGCACACAGGCAAUGCAAGGUCUUGCAAUUCGUUGAGAAAAUUUCUGGUCGAAGGCUGUUGGUUUUUGAUAUCUGCUUUAACCCUAAAGCUGUCGAAUUUUGAUAUCGGAUUUACCCCUUUUUUUGGGUCAUAGAUGAGUUCUUGACUAUUUAUUGUACUAAUUUCCAUUUGUAGUUUCGAGCUGUCUAAAUAUUGCUGA